UUUAUAGCGGCUAGAGGGGACUUUGAGCCCGGCCACGACAGCAGCGGGACAGGUGUGAGCUGCCCCUGCACGGCCCUCGCCUGCCCGCUGCGCUCUGCCCUGCGCUCAGCCGGCCCGGCUGCAACUGCACCGCCUCACUGCGCCAGCCCGGCAUGGGACAGGACAAUUGCAAACCCCAGCCCGGGGACCUGAUCGAGAUAUUCCGGCCAGGUUACCAGCACUGGGCCAUCUACGUGGGGGAUGGAUAUGUCAUUCAUGUGACAGAUGAAGAACCCUCGUCCUUUCCGCCUAGCAGCUCUUCAAAACGUGCCACAAGAGCCAAGGUGAAGAAGGAGCUCCUGAAGGAUGUGGUGGGAAAUCUUAGUAUAUGGCGUGUCAACAACAAGUAUGACCGCUCCCACACUCCUUUCCCUGUGAAGGAGAUCAUCUGGCGUGCCGAGCUAUGCAUUGACAGGGAGGUGCCAUACAAUGUGCUUAACAGCAACUGUGAGCACUUUGUGACCAUGCUGCGCUAUGGAGAAGGAGUCUCAGACCAGGUCAGUAAAGCAGCUACUGGUAGUGCUGCAGCAGCAGUAGGAAGUAUCAUUCUUGCUGGAGCUGCUCUUGUUGGGAUGGCAUUGUCUGAGAGCACAUCCAGGAGAUAGUGCCACUGAUGGGCUCUCAGGCAGAACUCGGACCCUGUCAGUCAGAGUCUCUGGCCACAGCAGUCACUGGUCAGCUUUUACAACAUCUGCCAUCAAGGCUUCCUUGCAAUCCUGCCACCCUUGCUGCAAACAGUAAGCAAUCCUUAAUAAAAUGUCUGCAAUACAAAAUUAUAUUGCCCU